CUCAGACCGCUGAUUGCUUCAGUGUUUGAACUGUCAACAGAAACAGAACACGUUACACGUCCACAACAAGGCCGCAACAAUGGAUCCCCAGGUCAAGUACCUGUUAUCUCUCCAAGCCGUUCGUGAGAGGGCUCGAGUUGUUUGGCAGGCCGCAGAAGCCGGAGAGCUGUCCCAUUUCGAUCUCCAUAAAGACAAACUCGGUGAUGUCGCCGACUUUGUCAUCUCCGUCAUUCAGCGUGAUUUUGGACCUGACAAAUAUGACACCAUCCCGCCCCACGGCCGUUGGCAGCAUUUCGACGUCGGCAACGUCCCGCGUGUCCAGAAGAUGAUUGACUCUUGGAAGGCUGACGGGACUGAUGAUCUGGAAGUUACUCGCCGCCUUAUCGAUCUGUUCUUUGUCUCCGUGCUUCUUGAUGCUGGUGCCGGUGACCACUGGCGUUUUAUCGAGCCAGACACCGACCGGAAAUACGAGAGGAGUGAGGGCAUUGCAGUUGCCAGUCUCUACAUGUUCAACUCAUUUGCCUUCACCGACACUACCUCCGGGAAAAUACCCUCAGUCAAUGGCAAAGGCUUGAAGAGCAUGACGGAUGAGAAGCUUGCAACGGGCUUUCAGGUGUCAGACAAAAACCCCAUAUUGGGAAUAGGUUCUCGUGCAGCUCUUCUCAGGAGUCUCGGGGCGUCCUUGUUGGAGAAUACGGACGUCUUUGGCGAGCAAGGUCGCCCGGGGAACCUCGUCGAUCACAUGAUUAAGACGAGUGAGAGUUCAUCAGAGCUCGACGUACUCGAGUUCUGGGACGUUCUCCAAGCUCUUUUGAUUCCGUGCUGGCCUAAAGACCGCACAACGGUCAACGGAUUCCCGAUAGGCGAUGCCUGGCCCCUGAGCACAUUGAAGACCCACACCGACAAAUCCAAGCCUGACGACGCCACCGCCGGUAUUCAGCCAUUUCACAAGCUAACCCAGUGGCUCACCUACUCACUGAUGGUUCCAUUUCAGAGGAUCUUGGGCAUGAAAUGGAAGAACACGGACUCCCUGACAGCUCUGCCAGAAUAUCGCAACGGUGGCCUCUUUGUCGAUCUAGGGGCCAUCACGCUGAAGAAGGAAGCGUACGAGCGGGGGAUCAAGGCAUCUGGUCAACAAUUGCCCCUAUUUGAUGCGGGCGACGAUGUUAUUGUGGAGUGGCGUGCUCUGACACUGAAUCUGCUGGACCGGGUAUACGAGAGCAUCGUUUCACGGAUGGGUCCAGACGUCCAUCUGACUAUGGCUCAAGUUUUGGAGGCCGGGACCUGGAAAUCUGGCAGGGAGGUUGCGGCUCAGCGCCGGCCAGAGACCAAGUCGAGUCCAAUUCUCAUUCAGAGUGACGGUACCGUAUUUUGAUAUCCGAUAGAUAUCAGACAGGUACUAUAUCCUGCCUCAAUCAAAUAGAUCGUCUCAGAAGAUAGCACUGCUCAUAAGAACCGAUUUUAUAAAAUCCUG